UCCCCACAGUUCCCCAGGCUUGUCUUGGGGGGUAGGGGGGGGGGCUGGAGUGGCGGAGGGGGAGGUGGACUUCUUAGAAAGUAUUACCGUGGAAAAAUUUGGGCGGCUUUUCUGAUACCCUACGCCCCUGUCCACCCAGCAGUGAAUGGGUACCAGGUAUUAAUCAAGGGUUGUGUCCCGUCUCCUGGGGUCUGUUCCUUUCUCCUAUAGUUCCUUCCCCCUCCUGUCUCUCUCCGGCAUAUGACCACAGAUGUUGCGCCGACUAAACCAAACUUUCCAACUUUUUCCUAAGGGUUGGCCAAGGCAGGUGUAUGUCCGUGACCUAACCCUGGGGUGACCCGGGGCAGUGACAAGUAACCACUCACAGGCCACCCGGUGACCCGUGAAUUGGCUUUAAUAUGUUGCCCUAGUAUAUCAGAGUGUCUUUCUUAUUUUUACUUAGUGUUUCCAAUCUAAUUAGUGGCAUAGAGUGGCCAUAUUUCACAAAGUAUAUUAGCGCCCAAGUAUAUUAUUCACCCUAGUAUAUUACCGUAGAGCAUCUUUCUUAUUUUUACUCAGUGUUUCCAAUCUGAUUUCUGGCAUAGAUUGACCAUAUUUCAUCAAGUAUAACACCCAUUGCACGCCAGUGUUUUUAAGAUUAUUUAUGGAGGAUAGUGAAUUUAUGAGCUCUGGCUGACAUCAUCCUCAAACUGGACAAUUCCUACGGACAAUUUACGGUUUCACCCAACCAACGAUUUUCUCGCGCGGUUCAUGUUUUUCUGGUGGUAGAUGUAGUGAAUUGCAUGAUUUUGUACCUCAUUUCCGUCGCAAGUGUCUAUUAUUCGAGUUAUGCCUCAUUGCAUUUUAGCAGCAGGCCAUAUAGGUCAGGUUAUGUUAGGUUAGGCUACAUUUAGUAUAGUUAGGUCAGGGCAGGUUAGGUUAGAUUUAGUUUUGUUAGGUUAGUUUUAACCCGGUAGCAGCGACGGGCCAAAUUUGUGGCUUUACCAUGUAGCAGCGACAGGGCAAAUUUGUGCCAUGAUAUAAACCCCAAAAAAUAGAUGAUACAUAAUCUGAUCACAAAUGCUUUGAUAUACAUUAUGAAAUGGUUUGUGUGAGGGGUGAUUUUUUCUCAUUUUUCUUGCUUGGAGGGACCAUUAACCCGUCCACUGCGAUUGGCACGGAUUUGGCUUUCACUGGUAGCCUGGUAACAUAUACUCCUAGGUCUUUCUCUGCCUCUGUGGUGGAUAGUGGAGUGUUUCCCAUGUGGUAUUGGUAUGCUGGAUAUCCCUUCACUGGUAGCCUGGUAACAUACACUCCCAGGUCUUUCUCUGCCUCUGUGGUGUAUAGUGGAGUGUUUCCCAUGUGGUAUUGGUGUGCUGGAUAUCCCUUCACUGGUAGCCUGGUAACAUACACUCCCAGGUCUUUCUCUGCCUCUGUGGUGGAUAGUGGAGUGUUUCCCAUGUGGUAUUGGUGUGCUGGAUAUCCCUUCACUGGUAGCCUGGUAACAUACACUCCCAGGUCUUUCUCUGCCUCUGUGGUGGAUAGUGGAGUGUUUCCCAUGUGGUAUUGGUGUGCUGGAUAUCCCUUCACUGGUAGCCUGGUAACAUACACUCCCAGGUCUUUCUCUGCCUCUGUGGUGGAUAGUGGAGUGUUUCCCAUGUGGUAUUGGUGUGCUGGAUAUCCUUCACUGGUAGCCUGGUAACAUACACUCCCAGGUCUUUCUCUGCCUCUGUGGUGGAUAGUGGAGUGUUUCCCAUGUGGUAUUGGUGUGCUGGAUAUCCCUUCACUGGUAGCCUGGUAACAUGCACUCCCAGGUCUUUCUCUGCCUCUGUGGUGGAUAGUGGAGUGUUUCCCAUGUGGUAUUGGUGUGCUGGAUAUCCCUUCACUGGUAGCCUGGUAACAUACACUCCCAGGUCUUUCUCUGCCUCUGUGGUGGAUAGUGGAGUGUUUCCCAUGUGGUAUUGGUGUGCUGGAUAUCCCUUCACUGGUAGCCUGGUAACAUACACUCCCAGGUCUUUCUCUGCCUCUGUGGUGGAUAGUGGAGUGUUUCCCAUGUGGUAUUGGUGUGCUGGAUAUUCCUUCACUGGUAGCCUGGUAACAUACACUCCCAGGUCUUUCUCUGCCUCUGUGGUGGAUAGUGGAGUGUUUCCCAUGUGGUAUUGGUGUGCUGGAUAUCCCUUCACUGGUAGCCUGGUAACAUACACUCCCAGGUCUUUCUCUGCCUCUGUGGUGGAUAGUGGAGUGUUUCCCAUGUGGUAUUGGUGUGCUGGAUAUCCCUUCACUGGUAGCCUGGUAACAUACACUCCCAGGUCUUUCUCUGUCUCUGUGGUGGAUAGUGGAGUGUUUCCCAUGUGGUAUUGGUGUGUUGGAUAUCCCUUCACUGGUAGCCUGGUAACAUACACUCCCAGGUCUUUCUCUGCCUCUGUGGUGGAUAGUGGAGUGUUUCCCAUGUGGUAUUGGUGUGCUGGAUAUCCCUUCACUGGUAGCCUGGAAACAUACACUCCCAGGUCUUUCUCUGCCUCUGUGGUGGAUAGUGGAGUGUUUCCCAUGUGGUAUUGGUGUGCUGGAUAUCCCUUCACUGGUAGCCUGGAAACAUACACUCCCAGGUCUUUCUCUGCCUCUGUGGUGGAUAGUGGAGUGUUUCCCAUGUGGUAUUGGUGUGCUGGAUAUCCCUUCACUGGUAGCCUGGUAACAUACACUCCCAGGUCUUUCUCUGUCUCUGUGGUGGAUAGUGGAGUGUUUCCCAUGUGGUAUUGGUGUGCUGGAUAUCCCUUCACUGGUAGCCUGGUAACAUACACUCCCAGGUCUUUCUCUGCCUCUGUGGUGGAUAGUGGAGUGUUUCCCAUGUGGUAUUGGUGUGCUGGAUAUCCCUUCACUGGUAGCCUGGAAACAUACACUCCCAGGUCUUUCUCUGCCUCUGUGGUGGAUAGUGGAGUGUUUCCCAUGUGGUAUUGGUGUGCUGGAUAUCCCCUCCCAAUGUGCAGGACUUUAUAUUCUUCCUUCACUGAAUUGUAGCAGCCACUUUUUGUUCCAUUCCUGUAGCUUGGUGAGGUCUGACUGUAGGAAAUCUGCAGUCAAGGGGUGAAAGAUAUAGUUUAUGCAGCUUCUCACAUCCUUAACUUAUUGUACAGGAAAUGGCUGACAUCAGAAAAUUCAUCAGCCAGCACCUGCCACCCGUCUAGACCAGUCUCCCAGCAGCAGCGGACGAGGGACAGACGGAUGGAGGGUGUUGUUGCUUCAUCUGCCAGUCAUCUGCUUGCCCACCAGAGAGAAGUCCCUCGUAGGAUCUUACCUGUAAUCACUCUUUCAGCUUCUGAUGCUCUAUAGGAUAUAUUUUAUUUAGCUUCAAAGGUCUGUAGAACCAUCUUGUGGCUUUUUUUUUUUCCCCUGUUAUGUAAAAGCCAAGAUUGUGUUUCCUUCGAUUGUUUUAUUAUUUUUUUUUCCUGGAACACCAUGUAACUGCUUGUCAACUAAUCUAAUUGAUUCUAGACACUCCACAUAGUAUUGUGUAGGCACACACUUGUACCCCUUCACAUACUCAGUCAAUAACAUCUCCAUGAUAUAUUUAUUGGACUCUGCUGGGAUUCUGCCUGUGUGCGUGUGUGCGCCUUUGUAUGGCUGUUUUGGGUGGGUGGCACCCUCAGCCCGACUCAGCAAAUUAGUUGGCCUCCUCAAAAUAUUCAGAGGUGGGAGUUUCAUUAUCACAGUAUGACAGAGCCAAGGUCUGUGCAUUGUCCCUCGAGGGCCUUUCCCUACACUCUGAUGGCAGGAAAGGUUCUUUGUAUUCCAAACACUACAGUGAAACCAAAUUGUCAAGUCCGCUUAGGCGUAGGCUCCCGCGGGUCCACACAGCUCCCAACACAGUCCACAGUCCCAACACCAAUCGGGGCUUCUAGGCGGCUUUUCCGAUACCCUACGCCCCUGUCCACCCAGCAGUGAAUGGGUACCAGGUAUUAAUCGGGGGUUGUGUCCCGUCUCCUGGGGUCUGUUCCCUUCUCCUAUAAUUCCUUCCCCCUCCUGUCUCUCCGGCAUAUGACCACAGAUGUUGCGCCGACUAAACGAAACUUUCCAAAAACUUUCCCAACACCAAUCUCUUCCUCUCAUAUGUAAGGUAAAGGUAACAAAUGAUAGGAAAUAAUAGAUGUUAGGACUGUGGCAGAGCAGAGGGGAGAAAUGGACCCACGGGAGCCUCCGCCCAAAUGGACUCGACAGUUUGGUUGGACUAUAGAUGUUCCUUCCCUCAUAGAUUACAAGUCCCUUUGGGUGCUGAAUUAUCUUCUGUAUUCACUACCAUCUGUAAUUGAUUUUAUUUUGUACUCAUUUGUUGCUACUCAAUGUGUUUGGACUAUUGGACUAAGCCUUGUCUGGACACAUAGGUUGGUAUUAUAAGACAUUCGCUUCUCAGAUCACCUACUUCUAAAGGUCAAAGAAGGGGUCAGUUGGGUUCUAAUGAGUGUUUCUUCAGGUUCACGGUACAGAAGAAGACUCACACUACCACCGGGGUCAUAAAACUACCCCUGGAAAUGCCCACAACCCCUAUGAAAGCCUUGUCAAAUAUGUGUUCUUGGGCAGCGAAAUGUCUUGUAAUAUGACCCUUGAUAAUAUAAGACACCUUGGCUUCUCACAUCACCUACUUCUAAAGGUCAAAGAAGGGGUCAGUCGGGUUCUAAUGAGUGUUUCUUCAGGUUCACGGUACAGAAGGAGACUCACACUACCACCGGGGUCAUAAAACUACCCCUGGAAAUGCCCACAACUCCUAUGAAAGCCUUGUCAAAUAUGUGUUCUUGGGCGGCGAAGUGUCUUAAAAUACGACUUAUACUUCUAAUCAUCUCUUUAUCAGACAGCAAUCACUUAUGUUAUGUUGUUGAUAUAUUACUCAGUUUGUGUCAGACUAUCCUUAGAAAUAGAAACCAUUAACUUCCUAAUUAGAAACCGAGCAGACUCAUAACCACGUAUUUGGACUCAACAUGAUUAUCUCAAUAAAUCAUUUUUUUUGACAUUCAUUCAUUGUUAGCAAUAAGCUGUAAUUAGAACGUAAACUUUC